AUGCCGGGGAGCGUCCGCUCCAUGGGGCCAGGGCAGCUGCACGUGGAGUGGCGCCUGGCCGACUACCUCAGCGGGGUCCGCCCACGGACUCAGGGUCUCACGAUGGAGAAGAGGCGCCUCGAGGUGAGUGACGGCGGCGCCUGGCACAUGGCUAGCACCGACCGCGUCUCCGAGGAGACGAAAGUCGCGGCCGGUUUCUCCCUUGGAGUCACCUUGUUGAUCAAGGACAUGAUUCGCGAGAGCGGCGACCGCGGAACCAACGUGUUGAAUUUUCUGAUCAACACAUGCAUGUUCCUCGCGAGCAUUUCGAUAAUGCUGGAGGAUGCCAAAGUGCCGGCCCAUCUGAUCACGGAUCAUCUGUGCAAGAUAUUCAAGGACGCCGCCGAUGCAGAACUACUUGCCGAAGGGGACGACGGUCUCCAUUUCUUGACCAAACGCUUUAUCGAGAGCGACUGGGCCCUGUGGCCGCAGCCAGCCCCAACGCUCCCGACGGCCGCCAGCGCGCCCUCCGCCGCCUGCGGCACGGCGGCGAAGAGCCAGGGGGCCAUGGCGCUGCCGAUCUCCUGGACGCCUGGCUCGCCGGGCGACUGCGACUUUCAGGCGUGGGAGAUCUUCGUGAUGCUGCAGCCGCGCGAUGCACCAGCCGCGGCCGGCGGUGCUUGGCAGCUGGCCUGCUACAGCAUCCUUGAGCAGGAUACCAGCUGCACAGUAGAGGGCCUGCUGACGGGCCGCAGCUACGACGUGAGGAUCCGUCAGGUCUGCUCCGAUCCCGAUGCGACCAGCCCAUUCGCAGAGCUGGGAGGUGCCGCCUGUGUUGUGGAUGCCGUGGCCGCCGAAGCUCCUGCAAACCUCACCGCGACGAGCCCUGGGCCCUACGAGGUCGUUGCGUCCUGGGACGCGAACAUCCCAUGGGCGUGCAUCUUCCAGGCAUGGCAGGUGCAGGUGAAGAGUCAGGCGGAGGACAACUGGGAGAGCGGCGGACUAGGCUGCCUGUCCUACGACCGGGAUGUGACCAACUGCUCUGCGAGCGUUGGGCUGGGCAGCAACACGCCCUACGACGUGCGAGUGCGGGAGACCUGCCACGACGCCGCAGUGAACUCGCCGUGGCUGACGCUGGCAUUCCCGGGCGUCUCCACGCCCCUUCCGCAGUCUGCCUCGGCACCUCAAAGUCUUCAGGUGACGCAGGGCUCGGCCUUCUCCAUCGACAUGACUUGGUCCGCCGGCGACAGCGGUGACUGCGUCUUCAGUGCCUGGUCCGUGGAGCUCGUGGCGCCUGACAGCCUGCAACAGGCGAUUGCGACAUGCUCCUCGGCUCCCCGCCUGGGUGUCUCCUGCACAGCGACACUGCAAGAGCUGAACCUCAUCGACACAGCUUCGUCGUCGCCCGUGGCAGGCACGUACCACGUGCGCGUGCAAGAGAUCUGCAGCGACCCCUAUGCCAACAGCCCGUGGACUCAGCUAGAUGCGGCUGUGAUCUUGAUCGACCCCAGCGUGCCCCCAAGCGCCCCGGACGCAGCCGCGGCCGGCGAGACCUGGCUGGCACUGACCUGGGUCCCCGGCUUCUCGAGCGGGCAGUGCUCGGCCAUCCAGUGGCGAGUUCACUGGCGCCGGAGGGUCUCGGGCGUCCCCGUGGAAGACUGGACCACCGGGAGCCCCUGUGCCGCUUUGCCCUGCAACGCCGGGCACCUGAUUUUGGCGCUUGAGGGUGUUGAAGUGUCAGGGCAUACAAGCUCUAAACCCUAA